AUGGCGGCCAUUGCAAGCAGCACGAGGGCGUCACUGCCGCCGCUCACCCACGCCACGCAACAACCGCCAACCGCUCAGCUCGGUCUAGAUUCAUCCAUUGCACCUCGCGCUUCGUUCGCGCGGCUGUUUCGCUCGAAAGGGUCUCAUGAGACGAGAUUAGGACCGUUGCGGCAAUUAAGGUCCACCAUAGUACCUCCCGUCUUCGCGGUCGCAGAAUCACGGAAUCCGGCACGAAGAUUCUCUUCUUCUCCCUCUACCUCUCCUCCCGAGACCGCCGAUUCGCUACAUUCCGAGAAUGCCACAUCCCUGCUCGCUAUUCCCACCCUCGCUACAGUCACAGCCUUAGGUGCUCUUGUCGCCCCUUCAGCCGUUAAUGCGGUUACCGGUGCUGACGUCAGCUCGGUAGCAGAAGCAGCAGCAGCAGCAGCAGCAGCAGGCGCCGCGGCGGGGACAGCUGGCGAUGGCGCAUUGGCGAGUCUGAGUCAGCUGUUUCUUCUUGGCGCGCUCUCAUUGGCUGACGAGCCCUCCAACGCGCUGUCGCUGCCCACGUGGAUCAUCCACGUGGCAAGCGUGGUGGAAUGUACGGCGCAGCGGAGAGCAGGCGGGCGUCAAGGGAACGUGGGUGAUGCGUCAGGCAUCGCCCUAUCUCCUGCUCCCCACCUGUCAGUCACCGCAACUCCUCUCCAUGUCCUCCCUCUCCUCCCUCCCAGGGUGGUCACCAUGGCCCAAUCCAAUCACCGCUCUGUUCUUAUCUUAUGCUCCUCACCCUCCCCCCCUCUUUCCUCCCAGGGUGGUGGCGAUGGCGCUGGUGUGGCAGUACGGAGCAGCGGAGAGCAGGAGGGCGUGGAGGGGGCUGGCAUGGGGCAUGGUGCCGCUGCUCAUGGGCGCCAUGUGCGCGUGCACGUGGCAUUUCUUCUAUAA